AUGGUAUGGAAAAGUGCGAUAAAAAUUGUGAUUGCAACGAGUGAAGCAUUAAGUAAGGCAUUUGCACGAGCUGUACGAGAGGAAAUUCGAGCUAGUCAGCAUGCCGCAACUAAUCGUGCCCAUCAAACAGGUCAAAGCAAUGCUGAAGCUCGUGAAGCCAGUCGAACAAACGCAAGACUUGGAAUAUCUUUACAGGAAGCGAUGAAGAUCCUGAAUGUGGAGGAUCCAUUGAACCUAUCAGAAGUUGAAAAAAAAUACAAACAUUUAUUUGCUAUAAAUGAUAAGACUAAAGGAGGUUCCUUAUACCUACAGUCCAAAGUUUAUCGUGCCAAAGAAAGAAUCGACGAAGAAUUUGAAAAACGAGGUGAAUCUAGUUCAGAGAAUAUACAAGAAGCAAAAGAGGUUACAAAAGAACGUUUAUAG